AUGGCAGGCAGCACAGCAGCCGCUAAACUGGUCGCCUUGACGUUUGCGGUCUGCGUUGAUCUGUCGGUGUUUUGCGCACUGGGACUCGCAGUGACGCAAACUCUCCUUGAACAUGUGGUGCGUCUUUGGGUUUGUGCGGCUCUCAGAGGCUUUGCACUAACUGCAGUGACUCUCCUCAGCUUCGGUCGACUUAAGCCGGUCCUGGUUCGUUUUAUAACGGUGCACAGUCUGCUGCCCGCCGUAUUUGAGACCGGAACCAAGGCGAUCUACGGGCGCGAUGAGCAGAACGCGUGCGGCUGGUCGGCGGACCUGCGCUGCUGGCUCCUGUACGGCGGAGCGUCGCUGGCUGGGGCGCUGUUCUGGGAGAUCAUCGUGCCAGACUCAGACCCCGAGGCAGCCGGGAAGGAGAAGAAACAGAAGUCCAGAGUCCUGUUUGUCAGAGUUCUCCGUCUGUACAAAAGCGACUACCUGCUGCUGAUCGGAGGCUUCAUGUUCCUGUCUCUGGCUGUCAUCUGUGAAAUGUUUAUCCCGUUCUACACCGGAAGAGUCAUCGACAUCCUCAGCGGUCAGUACCAGCAAAACGAGUUCCACUGUGCGCUCUUCUUCAUGGGCCUGUACUCUGUGGGCAGCUCAUUGGGUACAGGCUGCAGAGGAGGUCUGUUCCUCUGUGCCAUCAGCUCCUUCACAUGCAGAAUCAAAGCGAAGCUGUUUGGUGCUUUAACUCGACAAGAAAUUGCAUUCUUUGAGACCAUAAAGACAGGUGAAAUCACCUCCAGGCUGUUUAAGGACACGACUCUGAUGGGACGCACGGUGUGUCUGAACGUCAACGUGUUUCUGAGGACGCUCAUCAAGACAGUGGGCAUGAUCUCACUCAUGAUGAAUCUGUCCUGGAAACUCACCUUUCUCGUCUUGAUGGAGACGCCCGUCGCCGUCAUCAUCCAGAACGUCUAUGACACGCACUAUCAGAGGCUGACCCAGGCCAUUCAGGACUCAAUGGCUCAUUCUAAUGAAGCAACCAAUGAGGCAGUGUCAGGUAUUCGGGUGUUACGGAGCUUUAAUGCGGAAAAACACGAGGCCCGUCGCUAUGACAACCGGCUAAUGGAGACCCACAAUCUCAAGACUCGCCAGUCCAUCGUUAGAACAGUUUACCUCUUAGCACGAAGGCUGACAGGUUUGGGCAUGCAGGUGCUCAUGCUGUACUACGGAAGGCUCUUCAUCCAGAGGGGACAUAUGACCACCGGCAGCUUUGUUUCCUUCAUCAUCUACCAAGGAGAUCUUGGAGACAACAUCAGGGCGCUCACCUAUAGUUUUGGUGACAUGCUGAACUCAGUGGUGGCUGCUGGGAAAGUUUUUGAGUAUUUGGACCGACAACCUCAGGUCAGCACACAGGGAAACCUCACACCUGAUCACAUAACAGGAGCCGUCACCAUCCGUCACCUGACCUUCGCCUACCCUUCAUAUCCUGAUAAAACAGUGCUGAAGGACUUUUCUGUGGAGCUGAAGCCCGGUCAGAUGACAGCACUAGUGGGUUCAUCUGGAGAAGGGAAGAGCACCUGUGCGAGUCUGCUGUUGCGGUUCUACGACCCGCAGGAUGGAGAAAUUCUACUGGACAAUGUGCCACUGAAAUUCUACAACCACCAGUUUCUCCACAGGAAGAUAGCACUGGUGAGCCAGGAGCCCACGCUUUUCUCAGGCUCCAUCAAAGAAAACAUCGCCUACGGCCUCACUGACUGCUCAAUGGAUGAGAUCCAGGACGCUGCGCGAAAAGCCAACGCCCAUGACUUCAUCAUGCAACUGGAGAACCAAUACCUUACUGAGGUGGGUGAAGGCGGCAGCAGGUUGGCAAAGAGCGAGAAGCAGAGGAUCGCCAUCGCUCGAGCCCUGGUCAGACAUCCGCAGGUGCUCAUUCUGGAUGAAAUAACCAGCUCUCUGGAUGCUGAAAGCGAAAUAAAGAUCCAGCAGGCCCUGGCUGCUUGUCCCAACCAGAGCCUGCUGGUGAUCGCUCACCAGCUGAAGACCAUCGAGAAGGCGGAUCAGAUUGUUGUGAUCGGUGGCGGGAAGGUUCAAGAGCGAGGAACUCACCAGGAACUAAUGGAGAUGAAAGGAAGCUACUACAAACUGAGAGAAAAUUUUCAGUGAGGGAGGACGUCCACCUUGACGAUGCUGAUGGUGUUGCCAUGGUGAUAAUGCAUGUUGUACAUUUGUUGGCUGAUAUGUGAUUUAUUGGCACAAUAAAUCACAUAUCUGUGUAAAUAUAUCUGAUCUGUGUAAAUUUAGAAUUUUAAUUUGGCAUGUAAACAGGGCUUCUUUUUUGCUGUGUUUGUUCCCACAUUCUAUGAUGAAAAGCACAUUUUUUGGCUUUAUCUGUGUUAAUUUAUUUGCCUUAACUUUCAAUACUUGUACAUUAGUAAUCCAGAAAUAAGUGCAAUGAAACUUCCUUUAUUCCGUUCAUUUAUAUUUGGUGAAAGUGAAUUAAACUCUAACAGCAUAAUACAGUUAAGACCAUAAACCUUCAUUUUUGUUUUGAGGAGUCAAAGGUUUAUUGGUGUUUGUCAAAUAAAAGAUUCAUCAA